AUGAGGGCUGCCUUCCUGGUGCUGCUGCUCUGGGCCGUAGCCUGCGCUCACCCUGUGCCCGGCCGCGAGCCCGCCCGCUCCCGCCGCAGCGCCCAGCAGGAGGACACAGCAAGCGAAGAUUACAGCAACAAGCUGGGCAACCUCCUGGGUGGUGGAGAUGGCGGACAUCCUCCUGCCAGUGCGGAGACGGGGGACAAUGCCCUUGCCGGGGAGCCGGCGGGUGGGAAUGCCGUGGGCGAGGAGCUGGGCGAGCAUGGUGGCCAAGACAAGGGAGACAGAGCUGGGGAGGCUCAGCACCUGAACCGGGUGGACCACAAGGACGCGAGUGCCCGGGAUGGGAACGGCCUUGGUUUCCUGGAGGAGGAUGCACGCGAUGCUGAUGAUGGUGACAAUGGAGAGCGCCAUGGCACUGGAGUCAAUGGGCUUCCCUCCCUCGCCGGCGGGCUCCUGGAUGAGGAGGAUGACAGCGGGGAUGACACCUUUGACGAGAACGGGGAAGAGAAGGGGGGCGAAGGUCCUACUUACGCGGCUGGUGCCGACAGGGCAGGCGAACACGGCCAUGACGCUGGCCGUGGGGAUGCCGGGGCUGGCAGAGGACACGGUGACAGCAGCAGCAGUAGCAGCAGCGAGAGCAUCGGGGCGGACCACUGGCGCUACAGGAACUACCUCAGCAGCCGCUAUGAGCGGACCUACAGGCGGGGAAGGGGCAGCAGCAGCAGCCAGGAGGAGGAGAGCUACGACUUCGAGGAUGAAGCCAUGCAGGGCGAUGAUCCCUCUGUCUUUGAUGGCCCAGGCAGCAGCUACAAAGGGCGCCGUGCUGGCCCCCGUGCCCCAGGGAGCAGCCGGGAGAGCGGCCGCAGGGCUGGCUCCCACCGCUGGGAGGAGGGCGACAGCAUGUCCCAGGAGGUGGAGGACACUGACUCAGAAGAAGACAGCCAGUCCACAGAGGACAAUAGUCAGUCGGAAGAGAGGAAAACAGCGCCAGCCGCUCUGGGGAGGAUGGGCAGGGCGAGGACAGCAAGUCCAGUGGUGAGCACGUCGAGCGAGCGCAGUGGCAGCCGGUCCCGGGAAGGGCAGGAGGACCGGGAGUCUGCUGAGGACAGGAGUGCUCCGUCUGCACCUGACAGUGAGUCUGGGGAAGACGAGGGCGACCAGAGCAAGUCCAGGGAAGACGAUGACGACCAGAGCCAGUCCACAGAAGACACUGUGGAGGAGUCAAAGGAGGACGAGAAUGACUCCGACCCUGAUGGGGACGUGCCGAGCACAUCAGCCGAGAGCCAGAGCGCAUCCCCGGAGGACGAUGGCAGCCAAGAGGACAAUGCAGGCGAGGACAGCAGGUCCACAGAGAGCAACAACACCGAGUCCCAGGAGGACAAUGAUGAUGAUGAUGAGGAGAGCCACUCCCAGGAGGAUGCCACGCGCGAGUCCAGCAGCCGCGGGGAUGACAGCUCGCCACAGAGCCUGGAGAGCAGGAGCCGCAAACGGCGGCCGGGCACCUACCGCAACAAGCCUGCUGCUGACUAUGAUGACAACGACUGCCAGGACGGGUACUGA